UACAAGCAGCACGGAGUUUGGGAAAUCCUGGGCUUGACGACUACAUGCCCCGUAUCGCGCUACUGAAUAUAACGGAUAUUCCUCGCGCCGGAAGAGAAGAGGUACAUUUCCCAGCCAUCUUGUGGCAGUAUUUAGCGAAUUGUUCGCGCCAAGCCUCGUAGAAUCGGAGGUGAAUUCCGCUGAAGGGGCGCGAUCAUGCCCGGGCAUCUACAAGAAAGCUUCGGCUGCGUCGUAACCAAUCGGUUCGACCAGCUAUUGGACGAUGAAUCAGACCCUUUCGAGGUGUUAAAGGCGGCGGAGAAUAAGAAGAAAGAGGCGGCUGCAGCUGGUAUCAUCAAGUCUGCAGCCCAAGCCGCCAAGCAGCCCAAGAAGGAGUCACAGAAGGACAGGAAGAAUCCGCUCCUUGACAAGAAAGAUGAAACACAGGCUGCAGUACCUCUGAAGAAAGAAGGUAAGGUGCACGCUGAUAGAUUGGUGGUCAAAACCUGCAAAAACCUAGCCAGUUUGCUAACAACAACAUGGUCAGAGUCAACAUGGGUUAUGUCCUGUUGCGAUCAAUGUAGAGGGCAACAGAAGAACCCAUUGCAAACAUGCACAUAUCCAAUGCAUUAUUAG